CAACAAUUUUCGUGUUAAUUCAGUUUCAUUGCAAGCACUCAAUGAUGCAUUACGGAAUAUUAUUUCUGCUCACUUUGGCUACAUUGAGCCUGGCCAGUGCUCUGACCUUUAAAGAUUAUUCACUGUUAGCUGAUAUAAAACAAUCGGCGGAGCAAACGAAAGUUACAUUAAUGCAAAUCUCGUUGCGAAACAUCAUAGAAUUGACUGAUUCUAUUAUUAAUACAAAGGCUAUCAAUUUGCAGGUAAUGCCGGAGCUGCAUGCCAUUAGACAACGUGCAGUAACAAAACUUCAGAAUGAGCGCUCAUUGAACGAGUCAGAUAUCGAAACGGUUUUAGAAGACUUGAGAAAAAUCAUCGGCACUGACGAGCUCGAUGAUGAAGCUGUAAACGCGCGCUUGUCUCAGUACACAAAUGGCUCAUAUAUCACCACAUUUGAGAAGACUUUGCAACAGGUGAACAGGGAAAUACAGAUAUUUGUGUAUAGAACAAAUCCAAAGAUACGACAACUAAGCGCAGCUGCGCAACAAAGCGAACAGCGAGUGAUCUCAGCGUUCAACAACGUGGCCUACGCUGGCCUGGUACGAAUUGAAAAAUCAUUUUCCGACUUCUUAGAACUUAUCGAGCAAAAUUGAGUUUAUGACAUGAGAGAGCGUUUUCUUUUCAAAUUCGAAUACAUAGUUAACUAAAUUCAUAUAAAUGUUUGUACUAAGCGAAAAA